AUGAACAUAUAUUUCCUAUCUAUUCUAAAUCUGUUCAUAUUCUAUCUAUCUAUCUAUCUAUCUAUCUAUCUAUCUCUCUAUCUAUCUAUCUAUCUAAAUGUCGGUUCAUUAUCAAUACGUUCUCAUUCUGUUUAUACCGACUUAUCUAUACGUCUUUUCCUUAUCCUUAUCUAUCUAUCUAUCUAUCUAUAUAUCUAUAUAUAUAUAUAUUUAGUUUAUGAAAAACUAGAUCUAUCUAUCUAUCUAUCUAUCUAUCUAUCUAUCUAUCUAAUUCUGUUCAGAUCUAUCUAUCUAUCUAUCUAUCUAUCUAUCUAUCUAUCUAUCUAUCUAUCUAAUUCUAUCUAUCUAUCUAUCUAUCUAUCUAUCUAUCUAUCUAUCUAUCUAUCUAUCUAUCUAAUUUUGUUCAGAUCUAUCUAUCUAUCUAUCUAUCUAUCUAUCUAUCUAUCUAUCUAUCUAAUUCUGUUCAGAUCUAUCUAUCUAUCUAAUCCUGCUCAUAUCUAUCUAAUUCUAUCUAUCUAUCUAUCUAUCUAUCUAUCUAUCUAUCUAUCUAUCUAUCUAUCAGUUGCUCACUUACAGAGUGAAAUGCAACAUCAUAUAGAUUCCCUGUUGACGUCAUGGAGCGUAGUUGGUCUAAAUAUAACUUUCGUAUUCAUUUUAUUUCUCUCUCCGCUCCCAUCCCACCUCUCUCUCUCUCUCUCUCUCUUUUUUUUCUAUUUUUCUCUUAACGAACCUUCUUUUUUAUAUACUUUCGCUGAUUGGUCGCUUAUAUUUUUUCUUUGUAUGACAUUAUUUCUUUCCUCCCGAAAUUUGACUUUUCUUUAUCGUUUUUUUCUUACUCCUUUAUUUGAAAUAUUUUCAUUUCACUUCUAUUUGAUUUCCUGUGACUUCUCAUCACCCGUUCUUCAUUAUCUAUCUAUCUCCAUCCCCCUCUGUGUCUGUCUCUGUCUCUGUCUGUCUCUGUCUCUCUCCCUCUCUCUGUCUGUCUUGAAUUCUUAUCCUCCGAUGUCCCGAUGUCCUAUCUAUCUUCAUCUAUCUAUCUAUCUAUCUAUCUAUCUAUCUAUCUAUCUAUCUAUCUAUCUAUCUCAUUAUUCAUUCAUCUAUCUAUCUAUCUAUCUAUCUAUCUAUCACAUUCUGUUCCUAUCUAUCUAUCUAUCUAUCUAUCUAUCUAUCUAUCUAUCUAUCUCAGUCUGUCUAUCUAUCUAUCUCAGUCUGUUCCUAUCUAUCUAUCUCAUUCUCUAUAUCUAUCUAUCUAGCUAUCUAUAUAUCUAUCUAUCACAUUCUGUUCCUAUCUAUCUAUCUAUCUAUCUAUCUAUCUAUCUAUCUAUCUAUCUAUCUCAUUCUACUCAUAUCUAUCUAUCUAUCUCAUUCUGUUCCUAUCUAUCUAUCUCAUUGUACUCAUAUCUAUCUAUCUAUCUAUCUAUCUAUCUAUCUAUCUAUCUAUCUAUCUAUCACAUUCUCUUCCCAUCUAUCUAUCUAUCUAUCUAUCUAUCUAUCUAUCUAUCUAUCUAUCUAUCUGUUUGCCUUUCGAGUCAAGCUGGAAACAAUUCCGCUGAUGCAUGGGGAAACCAAAUUGUUCCCCUUCCUGAAUGCUCUUCGUGA